AUGAAACAUCGCUGCAAUUCAAAUUUCAGACCAAAGUUGUUGAAAUAAGCGAGCACUACAGAUACAGCUUCCCCAAUAGUACUUAACUUGGGUUACUUGAGAUUUUGUUGGAGUAUCUAGCAUAGGGAACUUGGGUUUUUCCAUUCUUCUGCUACCAAAUGCAAAUGGUGAGAAUGGCACAUGUCAUUUACUUUUUGGCUUGUUUUGGUGGCAGAGGAAAUGGUAACUAGGAUAGUGGAUCUUCGGUCAGAUACAGUGACAAAGCCAACUGAAGCAAUGCGAGCUGCUAUGGCAAGUGCUGAUGUUGAUGAUGAUGUUCUUGGCCAUGAUCCUACCUGUUUUCGCUUAGAAGCUGAAAUGGCAAAGAUAUUGGGCAAGGAAGCUGCUCUCUUUGUUCCAUCAGGCACUAUGGCCAACCUUAUAUCUGUGCUUGUUCAUUGUGAUAUAAGGGGAAGUGAGGUUAUUCUUGGAAACAAUUCCCAUAUACAUAUUUAUGAGAAUGGAGGGAUUGCAACUAUUGGAGGGGUACACCCAAGAACAGUUAAAAACAAUGAGGACGGAACCAUGGACAUUGAUUUGAUUGAGGCUGCCAUCAGAGAUCCAAAGGGGGAGUUAGUGUAUCCAACCACAAGGCUUAUUUGCUUGGAAAAUACUCAUGGAAACUCCGGUGGUAGAUGCCUUUCAGUUAAAUAUACAGAUAAAGUUGGAGAGGUUGCUAAAAAGCACGGACUAAAGCUUCACAUUGAUGGAGCCCGUAUAUUUAAUGCAUCAGUUGCAUUGGGUGUUCCCGUGGAUAGGCUUGUUCAAGCAGCUGAUUCAGUAUCGGUAUGUCUAUCAAAAGGCCUGGGUGCUCCAGUUGGAUCUGUUAUUGUUGGUUCGAGUAGCUUUAUCGCCAAGGCUAAACGGCUCCGAAAAACCUUAGGUGGUGGAAUGAGACAGGUUGGCAUCCUUUGUGCUGCUGCACUUGUUGCUUUACAAGAAAACGUUGAAAAGCUUGGAAGUGAUCACAAGAAGGCUAGGUUUUUGGCUGAUGGGUUGAAUGAAAUUAAAGGACUGAGAGUGGAUACCUCUUCUGUGGAAACCAAUAUUAUAUAUGUUCAAAUUGAAGAGAGCUCACGAACUACAGCUGCAAAGCUGUGCAAGGACUUGGAAGAUUAUGGUAUCCUUCUGAUGGCAUUGAGCUCAUCAAGUUUGAGAAUUGUCUUCCACCACCAAAUAUCAACGAGUGAUGUGCAGUACGUCCUAUCGUGCUUUCAGCAAGCUGUCAAUGGAGUACGAAAUGAAAAUGGGAACUAGUGGAAGAAUUUGAAUUUGUUUGGCUUCUUACUUCCACGUAACUAUCAAAAGAUCAAAUUCUAUUCGAUCAUGUGAAUAAAUAUGGACCUUUUGUUUGUACCCUAAACAUCAUAUGGACCUUUGUAAGAAGCUUUGAACAUGACAUGUUUAUGAUAUCAGUGUGGAAUCAUAAUU